AUGCGCCCCCUCCUCCAGCCCUACCUUCUCCUCCAUAUCCUCCCUCUCCUCCCUCUCAUCCCACUCACCCACAGCACCGACCCCAACACCGACAUCCUCACCCACAUCGACCCCCUCAUCGGCACCACCAACGGCGGCAAUGUCUUCGCCGGUGCGACCCUCCCUUACGGCAUGGCCAAAGCCGUCGCCGACGUGGACGGCCAAAACACCGCCGGCUUCUCCCCGGACAACAGCAACAUCACCGGCUUCUCCGCCCUGCACGACUCCGGCACCGGGGGGAAUCCCUCCCUCGGCAACUUCCCUUUAUUCCCUCAAUACUGCGCCGACGAUCUCCUCGACAACUGUCCCUUUCCCAAGUCCGCCCGUGCCAUCCACUACCAGAAUGACUCGGUCGUUGCGCGACCUGGGUACUUUGCCAUAACUCUGACGAAUGGUAUACAUGCUGAAAUGACUACCACGCAGCAUGCGGCGCUGUUUCAGUUCCAGUUUCCCGAUACAGGGCAGGAGAAGUUGAGUCCAAUGGUGUUGUUGGAUUUGACAGAUUUGUGGGAGAGUAGGCAGAAUGCGUCGAUUAGUGUGGAUGAGCACACGGGGCAGAUGAAGGGGAAUGGGACAUUUCUGCCGAGUUUUGGGGCUGGGGAGUAUGUCUCGUAUGUAUGUGCGGAUUUUGCGGGGGCGAGGGUGAGAGAUACCGGGGUUUGGGUGAAUGAUGCGGGUGGAGUGGAGAGGAAGGAGUUGUUUGUUACCAGGGGGUUUAAUAAUUUUUAUCUUCAGGCGGGUGGGUUCGUGAGGUUUGAGAGGCCUGACAAUGGGACGGUGAGUGUGAGGGUUGGGGUGAGUUAUAUUAGUACGGAGAAGGCGUGUGAGAAUGCAAGAAUAGAGAUUCCUAGUCCGUUGGAGGACUUUGAUGCUAUACGAGCAGCUGCGGAGGAUGCGUGGAGGGAGAAAUUGAGCCCUGUUUCGAUGAAGCCGGGGAAUGCGAGUGCUGCGCUGCAGACCAUGUUCUGGACGGGCAUUUAUAGGACUAUGCUGGAUCCGCAGGAUUUGACGGGGGAGAAUCCCCUCUGGGAGAGCGAUGAGCCUUACUUUGAUUCCUUCUAUUGUAUCUGGGACGCCUUCCGGGCCCAACACCCCCUUCUCACCAUCAUCGACCCCCACACCCAAUCCCGCAUCAUCCGCAGUCUCCUCGACACCUAUCGCCACGAAGGCUGGCUCCCGGACUGCCGCAUGAGUCUCUGCAAGGGCUGGACCCAGGGCGGCUCCAAUGCAGACGUGGUCCUCGCCGACGCCUUCGUCAAGAACCUAACAGGCAUCGACUGGGAUCUCGCCUACGAGGCAAUGGUCAACGACGCCGAGAACGAGCCCCUGGAAUGGUCCUACCAGGGCCGAGGGGGGCUCCAGAGCUGGAAGAACCUGAACUACAUCCCCUACCACGACUUCGACUACCUAGGUUUCGGCACUAACUCGCGCAGCAUCUCCCGGACCCUGGAAUACGCAUACAACGACUUUUGCGUGGCGACUGUUGCCCGCGGACUAAACAAAACAGACGAUUACUUGAAAUAUCUUACUCGAUCGACAAACUGGAAGAAUCUAUUUAAACCUGACCAACGCUCCUUCUUCCCCAAUGGCUCGGAUACAGGGUUCGUAGGGUUCUUCCAACCCAAAUAUCGCAAUGGGACAUGGGCGCAUCAGGAUCCCAUGGAUUGUAGUCCGCUUGCCACUGGUGCAACAUGGUGCUCGUUGACGAGUAAUCCCUCGGAGACAUUUGAGUCGAGUAUUUGGGAAUAUCAAUUUUACGUCCCCCACGACCUCCCCACCCUAAUAACCCACUACCUCUCCGGUCCCCAAGCAUUCACAUCCCGCCUGACCACCUUCCACUCCACAGCUCUAGCAGACUACAGCAACGAGCCUGUCUUCCUAACCGUCUACCAAUACCACUACGCCUCGCGACCCGCCCUCUCCUCGCGACUCAUCCACAGCUUAAUCCCUUCGCAAUUCAAUGCCUCCCGCUCCGGGAUCCCGGGAAACGAUGAUUCGGGGGCAAUGGCGGCGUUCACGGUGUUUGGCCUCAUGGGCCUGUUUCCGAAUCCCGGUCAGAAUGUGUAUUUGAUUUCGGCGCCGUUUGUGGAGGAGGUCAGCGUGAAGAAUGCCCUUAUGGGGAGAGAGGCGGUGGUGAGGGUGAAGAAUGAUGCGGGGGUUGGGGUGGGUGGGACCGUGGUGAGGAAAGCGUGGUUGGAUGGGGAGGUGUAUGCGAAGAGUUGGAUUGGGCAUGAGUUCUUUGUGAAGGGGGGAGUGUUGGAGGUUGAGCUGGGGGAUGAAGAGGAGGAAAAGAUGAGACGAGGAUUGUGA